CGCCCCGCGGCUCCGGGCCUCUUUGUGCCGCUCCAGCCGCCCUCGCCCGGAUCCGCUCCCUGCUGCCGCCGCCGCUGCUGCUGCUCCCGCGGCUCCGAGCCAGGCGCCCCGCACGGGACCGUCCCCCCGCAGCUGCUGCCCGGAAGGCGAAGGGCAGCCUGACUGAGGACUGACCGGCCCUGACCUCCUCCCCCUCGCUAGGGGAUCGGGGUGGGCGUGGCUCCCCCAAUCUCUCCUGGUCUCCACCCUGCCAGGGGAUCCCUCUGUGCGCCGCCUCCCCCCCAAACCCCGGGGAGCUGUGCCAGCCUACCGACCCCCACAAGGCAUCACCUCUGGGUGUCGCCCCCCACCAUGCUCACCCCCUGAUGCUCUUCUUACACCUCCCCCAGUGACAGUGAUGGGGCUCGCUCUGCUGACAGCUUUCAUGUACAUCUGAGAAAAUAAGGCUACAGAAAGAAGAGGCGAAAUGAACCAUUUCCAGCAGUGGGUCAUAUUCCUGCUCUCCUUGUUUCUGGAGUGUACAGAGGCCAAAAAGCAUUGCUGGUACUUUGAAGGGUUGUAUCCUACAUAUUAUAUAUGUCGCUCCUAUGAAGAUUGCUGUGGGUCAAGAUGCUGCGUAAGAGCCCUCUCUAUCCAGCGACUCUGGUAUUUUUGGUUCCUUCUGAUGAUGGGCGUCCUGUUCUGCUGCGGAGCUGGUUUCUUCAUCCGAAGGCGGAUGUACCCUCCGCCACUCGGAGAAGAACCUACUUUUAAUGUAUCCUACACCAGACAACCAGCCAACACCGCAGCAGGAUCACAGCAACCAGGGAUGCCAUACUACACGGAUCCAGGAGGACCUGUGAUGAACCCCAUGGCUAUGGCUUUCCAUGUCCAGCCCAACUCCCCACCAGGGAAUCCAGUGUACCCACCUCCACCCUCUUACUGCAACGCACCCCCACCCCCAUAUGAGCAGGUGGUGAAAUCCUCCACGUAACAACUCGGCAGCUCUGUUACCUGACUCUGUGAGAAGCAGGUGCCAUUGCAAAGUGACUGGGGUAGAGGGCCUCUGCCCAUCCGAACACUUGCUAGUUCUCUAACUCUCCCUACACACACUCCCCAUUAACAUUACUUGCAAGGGAUGAUUUUUUUUGUAGUAGGGGGUGAAUUUUCAUUUUGAUGUAUUCAAAACUAAAGCAAGGUCUUUUAAAUGCUUUUAAUGGAAACCUAUAUUUAAAUCCAGUACAUUUUCCCUUUAUUUAUUGUUUCAAAGGUGUAUAUUAAUGCAUUGUGGCAAAAUACGGUAGCAGCUUUAUGCAACCACAAAGUGAUGCACACUCUCCUAAAACCCGGUAGAUGAAUGUGGUAUUCUACUAGAGUAGAAAGGAGAGAAGGAGUGAGUUGGAGGAAAGAGUCAGGGUUAGAUAUUUAUGAGAAGUGUGACCACCAACCUCAUGGUCUGUGGUUUUCUAGGAAAGCUCUGUUCUGAGACACAGAAAAGGGACAGGAUGUUAUGGAAGCCAUUGAGUGAGCGAGGAAGUCAAGUCAUGGCAGUGGGUUCUGUUUGGAACGAGUCCCACUUGAGAGCUUCACUUCUAUAAAAGAUGUGGGUCCAAGAAAUCAUGAAUGAGCAGGUCUGCAAUGUUUCCACCUGCACCUGGACUCUGAACUUGCCACCUUAAGCCUAGCUCCUCUUCUCCUUUUGACACGUUCUGGAGAGGGUUUUUUUUGUUGUUGUUGCCAAGGAUGAGAUUGUAAAAUAUAGUUGAUGAUCUAAAUGUUACACAGACCUGUGUGUGGCAGGGAAAAUGUUAUCAGCUCCCAGCCACAUAUCUACACUUGUAGAGAAACUACUUAGAAAUAUUUCAAUACACAAGAGUUUUCUGGCCUAAAGUUAAAAUGGAAAAAAUGGGAACUUAGGCCCAGAUCCUCAAGGUAUUUAGGCACUGAACUUCCAUCUGGGCCUUGGGUCCCAAUCUUGCUCCCUUUGAAGUCCCUGGGAGUUUUGUCAUCGACUUCACUGGGUGAUGACUGGGUCCUUGUUCCAUACAGCACGUUAGCUCACUGGUUUUGGUUAUUGUCUUAUAGCCACAGAGAGAGCAUGAAAGGGUGCUGUCUUCUCCAAUCAAGAGAUUUGAAAAUCUUCUCUUAACAAUGGUUUAAGCGCAGUAGCUUACUGGGACAUAUGUUUAAGGGUUGCUUCUGAGCCUAAUGCAGGGACACUUUGUCCAUGCAACUACCACUUGCAGAUAAGUCCCUAUUCAUCAUGCUGAAAAUGUCCCCAUUUGUAUUUGCCUCAUACUCCUCAGAGGUUGUUUGAGUGGCAGUGGCCACUACCCAAUAUCUUCAAACAAACAAAACCUUUUCUCCUGAGGUGUUUAUGAAUGGUUGUUUUUGCAGAUAUUUUCCCACUUAUUUUGAUUGUUUCCAAUUAAAGUAUGAUGCUUUUUAUUGCUGUUAGAACUGAAGAACCACCUCAACUAUGAACUUCUGGCACAAGACCUAUAGAAAUGUUUAUUUAACUUCCAAUUAGUUACAGGGGGCCAUCCCAUUGGAUGCCUGAGGGUGCCCAUGUGUAACUGAGCACAUACUCCCAAGACAUCUGCAUUGCACAGAAGUAGUUGAGGGACUUAUUUAGCCUACAGAGCCUUUAUCACUGGGGAUAAUUUGUGAGAAUUUGGUUCUCAGAGUUUGCAGGGCUAACAAUCAGAGAACAACAUCUUUUUGCUUGGAAACUGCACAUCUGAAGUACAGAAAAUACCGAGCACCAAUAAACCCAGGAACCCCCCCGUCCUCUUUUUAGUCCCUUUUCCGAGUGGAACUACCCUUCGAAGGAUCAAAUCCAGCAGUCCUAACUCAGCCGCAAUUUCUGUUGAGAAUAAACACUUGUGUGACAUCUGGAAGAAAAUACUUUCUGGGCCCAUUCCAGUACAACCCUGACAAACUGGGAGGAAUUGGCCUGCUAUAAAUACACUGAAAUUGCAUCCAUUUGAAUUGUGUUACAUUCACCAAAGCCCAUUGUGUGUAAUUUACCAGUCUGGGAUUGGAGCUAGAAUUCUUAGUCACAGAAACACAUUUCAUAGACUCCAGUGGAUGAUUUGCAGGAAGUCAUAAGGGGCCAAAUCUCAGUUCCACUGGAGUCAAGGGGAGAUUUGCCAUUGAUUUAAACUGGAUCAAGAUUUUGCCCAAAGGAAAGGAUUAAACUUGUUUAGCAAAUAAAAUAUAAGCAGAAGAUUCCUGCCAGUGGUAGCAUUUCUGUUACCCUUCGCACUGGAUUUCAUCUCAGCAUAUAACUAUUAAUCUUGAUUUCAAGAAGAAAUAAAUGAAGGGAUAAAGAUGACAGGUUAAAAAUGCUAACCUGUUAGGCUGGACUGUUUUUGCAUUUUCUAAAUACAGUCUUUAAAAGGGCUUGUGUACACAAACAUUUAGUUUGUGGCAAGCGGCAUUAGCCCGCAUGGACACUGCUGAUGCACAGUAACAGUUUCAUAGAACACUUUGAUCUACCGGCUUUGAAACGGGCGUAGGUCAAAGGUCAUUAAGGAGUUGUUAAUGUGGAUCAGUGUGGGGUAGAUUCACACCCCCAGUUUGCUAUGAAUUAAAUGAUCAAAUAGGCAAACCCAAAGAGCCUGGCUAUGUUUCUAAGCCUGCUUACACUGGUGUAAACCAAGAGGAACUCCAGAAAAGUCAGUUCUGUUCGUCUGGUUUGAGAUUAGAACCAAGCCUUGUGUUUGUACUUGCACUUAUAGUAAAGUCCAUAGGAAGUUAAAUCAGAUCAUAUCCGACCAUAUUGGCUCACGUUCAACAUGUGUUUUAGAAGUGGUGAAUGUGACAUUCAAAUCCCUUUAUCUUUUUAGGGUAAAAAGAGAUACUCGUACUUACUGAGACUGUAAGAUUUCACAAUACAUGGCAAAGCUCAUUCCUUUCUGUAGUGCUGUGUUUAGUGCUAUAUUCCAACAUGAAGUUUGACCUGAUCUCUUGCUUAUCCCUAAAGUCUACUUUGCAGAUUAAAAAUCAGCAAAUCAAAUUCUGAUAUUUUCAGUUGUUCUUUUUCGCAAAUUUAAAAGGGAGUUGGCUUUAAAUAACAAACCAAACCUUCUGUGUGAUAUUUUUGAUUGUCUUAGUGUGUCAUAUUGGGGUGAUGAUAUAAACAAGAGAGGCAAAAUUCCUCUCUGCUCUACCCAACUGAUCUUGACUAAGCUAACCUAUCUGAAUCUAAAUUUACUGUAAUCUCGUUAUCAUUGCACAUCUCUUGCUAGCACCGAUCACUAUGGUAUCCAAGGUGCCAGAUCCUGCAAACACUUAUAUGCUUAACUUUAAGCAAGGAGGCUUCAGUGUGAGUACUCGGGGCUGAAAAUUAAUAUUGCACAUAAAUGUUUGCAGGAUUGAGACCUAAUCACCCACUGUUGAGAUCUCCUUGUUGCCCAUAUGGUUUUUCCACAGAGACUUAUGUGCCUACACGGAAUAUUGGAGGGGAAACCUGCAGUGCAGACCUGAGAGAAGACUCUUGCCCUUAGUGAACUCUCCUAUUGCAGUCUUACUCAUGGGCUUAAUAGAUCUAAAGCCUGAAGGACUCAUUAGAUAAGCUAGUUGGAAUUGUAUAACACAGGCCAGAGGCUUCCACCCAAUUACCCUUGCAUUGAUACCAACAUUGAGAAACACUGAAGAAAAAAAUACAUUUCAAAAGUAUUGCAGCAACAGUAUGGUGUUCAGAGGAUAUUACUGUUAAAAUAUUCUUCCUGGCCGGGGCUCGUGGUAAGGAUACAGCAGCUACUCCUGGGUUUGCGAUGCAGGCCCUAUGAAUAUUUCAGAUAUAUGUAUUACAUGGUCAAAAGGCCCAAUUACCUGCAGUGCUCAAUUGUAUGUAUUUUCUAAACUAGUGUGCACACUAACUGUAAUGCUGCCGCCAAUCACAUAAUAUGGCUCUGUAUACACUGUAUUUUUUUUUAACUGAAUCCAGGGAUUUUUUUUCCUUUAAUGGACUAGGCCCUAUGAUGUGAGCAGAUAGGUGUCGUUAAACCCUUUUAGAUUAUUAAAUGUGUCUAAGAGAACUGAUGUUUUUCUGAUAACAUUGGGUAGAACCCUUUUCCAGUGGACUCUUAUGCUGUGUAUUGAAAUUCAACUUCUGGUGAAGUUUUUCUGUGAUCCAAUUGUUUCCUUUAUUAAUGUUAGGGGAUUAUAACCACCUCUUACAAUGAAGUCAAACUCCUGUUCUAGUGAAGUUGUUUGGUACUUAAUUGAAAACACAGCAGCACUGUAGGUAAAUCUAGGACUUGUUUACAGAUUGCGUGCAUGCUUUUCCUCUGAUAUUUCUCUUCUUUUGGUUUCUAGGUUUUUAUUUUGUUUCCCUUUAUUUUCAUUUUUAAAAAAAGAAAAAAGGGGAGAAAAAAGAAACCCUAUAACUUUUGAUAGGGUCAUGUUUCAUAUAUAUUCCAAAUAAAACUGAUCUGGGUGCA